AUGGGUGCGGAAGGUGGACACAUUACGGUAGUGGAACUUCUUCUCAUUGAGGGAGCUCAGAUUGAUUUAGCAGAUCAUAAUGGGGGAACUGCAUUGCUCUGGGCCAUUUCUGGUGGCCAUGAAGCAGUAGUAAAGCUGCUUCUUGCAAAGGGAGCCAACAUCAACUCGACACAUGAAUCUGGCGCACGCCGUUAUCAUGGGCUGCAAGUAGUGGACACGAAUCGAUCAGGUGGCGAUAUCGACGCUACGGACAAGGAAGGAUUGACACCGCUGUGGUGGGCCGCAAAGGAAGGCCAAGAGAAGAUCACAUGGAUGCUGAUUGAUUUGGGUGCCAAAAUUGAGAUUAAUAGCGGCCUCGGGAGCCGAUACAUUUGUAAAAUGGAGAAUUCAGAGAAUGAUUUGCUCAUUAAGGUUCUUCUCAGUCAUCGCACAGCCCGAGAGACUCCCGAUUGCUUUGGUCGAACUGCCAUAGUGCGGGCUGCGGAGACCAGACGCUAUUCGAGAUUAGAGUUCAUAAUUGAGAAAGGCGCCAGCUUGGAGGCGAAGGAUCCUGAAAACAUAACAGCGUUGUGGUGGGCAGUCAUUCACAACAACGCCAAUUUGAACGUUCAAGAUGAUCUAGGUCGAACACCUUUACACCUGAGUGCGGAAGCACAUAACGUUGAGAUCUUUCGAGCCUUAGUUGAAAGCGGAGCUCUUUUGGAUAUCGAGGAUUCUCAGGGCAGAACUUCUCUGAUGUGGGCUAUAAUAUACGGAAAUGAAAGCCUUGUCAGGAUUCUGCGGGAAAAUGACAUUUGUUUGGAAAAUGAAGAUGCCCAAUGGGGACGCACAGCCCUUCUCUGGGCUGCAAGGAAGUCUUACCCAAAUAUGGUGAGACUACUCCUUGGAAACGGCGCCUCUAUUGAAGCCACAGACCACAGCGGGCAAACUGCUCUAUCAAUAGCUGCAAGGUAUGGCCACAGAAAAGUGGUGGAAAUUCUCCUUGAGAAUAAAGCAGACACAGAGUCUGAAGAUUAUGAGGAUUUUACGCCGCAUAAAUGGGCUACCUCGGCCGGCUAUGAAUCUAUCGCAAAUAUCCUCAAGUCUGCUUCUCAGUCUACCAAGAAAUUUUAG